UUCACGUUGACGUGACUGAAAUUGCGCGAUGAUCGUCACGUGGAGGUUCCUGUCCAUCUUGAGUCUGGUCAGUUACACAGAGUCCGAGUGCUCCUCGACAUCAUACUACAGGGACUGCUGGAUCCGGCGCUUCCCCGGACUGCACGUGGACCCGGAGGAGUCACAGCGCAGAGGCGCGCAGCUGCUGCAGCUUUACCGUGGAGACAGCGCACAGAACUGCAGCCGAGCCUGCUGUCUCACCUCCAACUCCUCCUGUAAUGUGGCGGUGUUUCAUUACUACACCACUCAGGACAGUGUCAAUUGCUUUCACCUCCACUGCCCAACAGUGGAAAGCUGCAUACUCCAUCAAAGGGCCAAUGUCAUCGUCUACAAUGUUACCAAAGGAAUGGAUCCUGACCUGUUGAUAUUUGGGAAACCCUUCCCCUCUAAUGCCCAGGUGCACCCUUACCUGGCCUCACUAAACAUCUCUGAUUCAUCUGGCACAGACAGACGUCAGUUCAACCGGCCUCACAUGGAGCCCAGCAGCUCAGCACAUCCUACUAUUCUUGCCUCUACACCUAUUACAUCUACCAGCACACCAGCAUCCAGCUUUCCCAUCUCUGCUUCUCCACCUCUUUCUGUUUAUUCCACUCAAGAUAAGCAAGACACAUUUCCGGCUUCAGCGACACAGCCGUCUACAGCCCUGAAGCAAUCAUCUCAUCUCAUUUCUUCUCCUUCAGAAACCAACUCUGGCCUACACACAUCACCAACAAUCCCUACCAUCUUAGAGGACAGCCAACCAUACCCCAACGACACAAAAGGUUACAUUAGCCGUAACGUCACGACAGGUAACAGUCCACAGCCUGUAAGUGAUGGAGAAAUGUCACAAGUUUGGCAUCUGGCAGCCAACUCUGUCCUGGUAGCCUUGGCAACCUGCGCAGCCUUAGCUUUUGGUUGUUGUUGUUCAGUGCUGAUGGUGGCGAGCUGGAGAGGAAGGAGGAGGAGGAAAGGGAGAUACCAGACAAAGCUAAAAGGCAAGAAGUGCUCCAUGCGCCUCAUCAAAUACGUCUUUGUGAGGGAGAGCUCGUAA